CAACAAAUUAUUUACAGUUUCAUCUUCCCUAGUUCCCUCCCAACAGACAGAACUUCAACCAGCCAUUGCAACAUAAGACCCCCAACAAAUUCUGUGCAAGCUUCAUCUUCCCCAAUUUCAUCUGAGAACACAGAACAGAGCUUCCAUUGCAACCAACACAAGGAUGAUGAUGGUGGCUUCUACAUUGCCUCAAAACUCAUCCAUUCGAGUUAGAUCUUCAUUGCUGCCACAGAAUACCCAAUCUCUCAACAGGGCCCCACAGUUCCUCCCUGUAAAUGAUGUUACGAUGCGCGGUGCACGGUCAAAGGAAGCUAAAGUUUUUCCAAGAUUAUGCCAUGCUGUUUCCGAAAAACAAUCUUCGAACUCGAUCGGUGCCAUGGCCAAAAAUAACAGUCCUAUAGUUGUCAUCGACAAUUAUGACAGCUUCACUUAUAACCUUUGCCAGUAUAUGGGAGAGCUGGGCUGCAACUUUGAGGUUUACAGGAAUGAUGAGCUUACCGUUGAUGAAUUGAGGAAGAAAAAUCCGAGAGGUAUUCUUAUAUCACCGGGACCAGGCGCACCGCAAGAUUCCGGCAUAUCAUUACAGACCGUGCUGGAACUUGGACCUGAAGUACCUCUGUUUGGUGUAUGCAUGGGAUUACAGUGCAUUGGUGAAGCGUUUGGAGGGAAAAUUGUGCGGUCUCCUUAUGGUGUCAUGCACGGAAAAAGUUCACUGGUUUAUCAUAAUGAGGGCGGGGAAGAUGGUUUGUUCGCAGGCAUAUCGAACCCGUUUACCGUUGGUAGAUAUCACAGCCUCGUGAUCGACAAGGAAAGCUUUCCUAGUAAUUCACUUGAAAUUACAGCAUGGACCGAGGAUGGGCUUGUAAUGGCUGCUCGCCAUAAAGUGUAUCGACAUUUGCUGGGUGUGCAGUUCCAUCCGGAGAGCAUUAUAACGCCCGAAGGCAAAACAAUUGUUGCCAACUUCAUCAAGCUAAUCGAAAGCAAGGAAGCUGUUUCUGCUCCUUAGUUUGAUCAACAACUGCAGUAUAUUUGGUUGAUCAUAUUUUGAAACUUUGGUGAUUAUGGAUCAACUUUGUUUAGAACGUUAUGUUUCAAAUGAAAUUUAGGGGUUGCCGUUCUUGAUACGGCCCAUAAUUAAUGGUUGAAAUAACCCGUUUUUGGUUUGUUACAUCCAACCUCUUUAAUAAACAGGCUGUGUUUAGUGUUAAA